AUGCCGGCAGGCAAUGUCGACAGACAAAGGGUUGAAAAGCAGCAGCAGCUGGACAGCAGCAACAGCGGCUUAAAAGCAGCAGCAGCAGCAGCAGCACAACAGCAACAGCAGCGUAGCAGCGACAGCAGCAAAGCCGCAGAAGCAGCAGCAGCAGCAGCAGCAAACCAGCAGCAAGGCCAGCAGCAGCUGACUGCGCUAGCGGCAGCAAAUGAGCCAACCACAACAACAACAAUGCUAGGGCAGCAGCAGCAGCAGCAGCAGCGCCAGCAGCAGCAGCAGCAGCAGCAGCAGCAGCAGCAGAUGUAG